GAAUUCUGCCCAUGCGCUCUAGCUGUCAUACGGGCACUUGAGCCUUCGCGCGAAAUGGUUUCUCGGACGUAAACACUUUGAAAUUGGUGUUUGAAUGUUGUAGAAUGCAGCUUAGGCAUAGAGGUGGUCGCCACAGGUUACGGCGUCGCUCGGGAGACAAAACACAAAAAUUGGCUGUCAGUAGACAUGAGAAGCAGGAUUCAGUAGAAAUGGGUGUGUGUGAGGAACCGUGUAAGAAGACAAAGAAAGAUGUUGCAGUGGAUACCGUGAACUGUAACGUGAUGGAGAGAUGCGUGAGUGGACAGGAGAACGAGCUCACGAAAGCUCCGUGUUACACUAAUAAUGAUUUCAUCACAUCUACACCACAGAUCUCUAAAGGGCACCCAAAGAAGAAACCCUUCACUCAGAUGAAGGAGAAUAAGUUACCAGAUAACAUUAUCUACCCUUGUACCGGAAGUCUGUUCUCAUCGCCGGCCUUCCACGGUUACAGUUGUGAUCACGGUUAUCAUUGUAAGUUUGCAGCAUGUUCAGACGAGUGCAUUAAUAACAAUAGUCAGCACACAGACUGUGAAGAUUCUGAUGGCACAUCAUCCAUCAAAGAAAAUCAUAUACCAGAUCUCACCAUGCUCUCACCUGUACUUAAUGCUGUUGCCAUGGAGACGCCAGCUGAUAUAGAAAACAAUAACAACCUGUACAAGUUGGAGCCGUGCGUGAUGGACUGUGACCCGACGUUUCCCGCCCAGGAAGAGGAAGAAGAGAUCGCGGAGGAGAGUUACGAGGAAGGCGACUGGGAGGCGGAACCAUUCGAUCCAUAUGCAUUUAUAAAGAGCCUGCCACCCCUUACUGAUGAACUUCGUGCUAGAGUGCCAGCAUUACCACUAAAAACAAGAAGUUCACCAGAAUUCUCAUUAGUUCUAGAUUUGGAUGAGACUCUAGUACAUUGUAGUCUUACUGAAUUAGAGGAUGCAUCAUUCACCUUUCCUGUACUAUUUCAAGAUGUUACUUACCAGGUAUUUGUCAGAACGCGGCCUUUCUUCCGGGAGUUUUUGGAGCGUGUAUCACAGGUGUUUGAGGUGAUACUGUUCACAGCUUCAAAGAAAGUAUAUGCAGACAAACUCCUUAAUCUACUUGACCCCCAUAAGAAACUUAUAAAACACCGGUUGUUUAGGGAACAUUGUGUAUGUGUAAAUGGGAACUACAUUAAAGAUCUAGGUAUACUAGGACGUGAUCUAAGUAGGACGAUCAUCAUAGAUAAUUCUCCACAAGCAUUUGGUUAUCAGUUACAUAAUGGCAUACCUAUAGAGAGCUGGUUUGUUGAUAAAACAGACAGGGAACUUAUAAACAUGUUGCCGUUCCUGGAAAGUCUCGUUACUAUGAAUGAGGACGUGAGACCGCACAUCCGGGAUAAAUAUAAACUACACACCUUGUUACCACCUUAGACUUUUAUAACGAAACACCCAGGAGGACGCUGAUACCCCCCCACCAGACUUUAUAUAGUUUUUAUCGGAGCAGUUUGCAGCAUGUGUUUUAUAUUAGUUGUGUGUUAAGAUUGUUAUGAAAGAUCUGACACGACAAAACCAACAUAGUGCUGUUCGCUAUCAAUUUCUCUACUUGUUAUAGAGUUGGUAGGGGAAUAGCAUGGAUCCUGAUCAGACUGUGCGGAUGCGCAGGCUGGUCUGGAUCCAUGCUGGUUGCCAAGCCUUUAUGUUGGUUUUGUCGUGACACGGAUGUAUAUAGUUCUUACAGCAAAAAUAGUGCUCGUCAUUAUUCACAUCCCCAAACUUCACAUACAUAAGAUUUUUGAUAAAAAUAAUAAAUUCAUUUUUGUUCAACAUGGCUGCAUGAAUGGCCUAAAAUUUUGUUGAUAAUUUUUUUUUUCUUUUAAUGAAACUUGAAAGAUGAUUGGAGAAUAUUUAAUGUUUUGAUUGUUAUGAAAUAAGUUUUUAGUUUAUUUUUGUAUAAAUCAAGUUUGUUGCAGAAUUUUAUUAAUUUUUUUUAUUUUAAUGAAUGUUUUAAGCACAAAUGUUAAAAUUUACCACACCAUUUGAUGUGGUAAGCUUCUAUACAAUAUGGUGAAGGCAUGUUUUUGUUGUUGGUUUUUUUUUUUAAACCAUUGAUACACACACCAAUUCAAUCGCCAUUUACCAAUCAUUUCAUAUAAAAAAAUUCAUUUUAUUUAUUUGCUUGUAUUUUAAUUAAAGGCAGCUAUUGUUGACAAUAAAAUUUUAAAAAAUUUAGUAGAAAAAAAAAAUCUCGUUUUAACCAAUAGAUUGUUCUUUUAAGUAAACAUUCUGUUUUUACCAAAGUUUUUUUGCUUGGUUUUGAGCUUUUAUUGAGCGAGGUUUUAGUAAUAUGUACCAGUUAUGUUUAAACUUAGGCUAAGGUUUUAAAAUUGUUAAACUUCUUGAAAUGCCUUAAGAAAAUGAAUGUUGAAAAAUCAAUUUAUCACAUGGGCUUAGGGUUAAAAAAAAAAAAAAAUGUUUUAAACUUCUCGAAAUGUCGUACGAAAAUGAAUGUUGAAUAAUCAACAUGUACUUAGUAAUUUGGUUCCCACACCAUGUGGUUUUAUUUAGGAAUUUUUUAUUUUUCGCAAUAUUUUUUUCUGUUCAAUCAUCGUAGUUUUCUUCACGCUGAUCAGGUAAUGAUGUUGAAAAGAUCUCUAAAUACCAUUUUUAAAACCAUUUAUGUAUAUUCAUAUAUAAAAAAUAUAAAAGAUUAAAAAAAAAAUUAAGGGAAAAAAAAAUAUGUAAAUUUUUGUUAAGUCUUUUAUCAUUGUGUAUUUUUUUUAUUAGGGCAUGACAUAACUUUUGUUUUGUUUUAUAUAAUUUGAUAAUAAAAUUCAGUGUCAAAAGUUAAGAUUUAACAGUUGCCAUAAAUUUACAAGUUUUUAUUAUAUAUACGUUGUUGCUUCGGAAUUGAUUUUAUUUUCUAUUGCAUCGGCUGAUAGUUUUGUUAAAGGUUUUUGUUUUUCUGUAUAUAUGUUUAUAUAUAUAUACAUAUACACACACUCAAAAGAAAAUUUGAUACGCAAAUCUCUAUCAGUUAUGAAAUACUAUAUUUCUAAAAGAAAAUCUGCUGUACAGUGAUUUAGUUUUUGAUUUGUACAUUGUUCUGGAUUUCUGUUUUGUUUAAGGCAUCAUAUACAAACCGGUACAGACUUUUCAUUUAUUGACUGUUUUUUUUAUAUGUUCUUUUAUAUGAAUUAGUUACCUAGGAAAUGGUUUUUCUUAUAUCAAUCUCAUUUUGUUGGUUUUUCAACAUGCAAUGAUUUCAUCGUGUACAGUUCACUUAUAUUAUCAUCAUCAAAUCAUCAUCAUUAAAUCAGCAUCAUUAUCAUCAGUCAUCCUUUUUGUUGAUAUUGAAAUGCGGUCAUAGGUUUGAUUUUAUUUGGUGUCAUAGAUUAUAGUUUAAAGCCAUCGCCUGUCUGCAAUUACUCUUUCGACAUAUUCAUCAUGAUUAUCAUCAUCAUUGUCAUCAUUAUUGUCAUCAUCAUCAUCUGUGUAGGUACCAAUUAUCAUCAUCAUCAUCGACCUUGUCAUUCAUCAGGAAACUUCAUCAUCGUUCAUGUAGUCGUCAUCGUUAUGCAAGAAAAUUAUCAUAAAAAUUAUCAUCCUCAUUAUCAUUGUCCUGAUUUGUCAGCAUUAUCAUCAUUACCAACAUUAUCAUCAGCAUUUGUAAUUAUCGUUGAUAACAAAUAAAAUUAUCAUCCUCAUUUGUCAAAAAAUAUUUUGCCAAGUUCUCAUUUACAUUUUUUUCGGCAACAUUUCAUUACCUUUGUGCAGUAACUGGUUAAAUCCUAUAGAAUUAUAUAAAGAGUUAACCUGUUACUACACUUAGGUGACGAUUUGUCGUUAAAUUCUUGUCAAAAUUUGUCAGCUUCAUAAUUAAAUUCAUCGGGAGAGGCGUAUCUGCAGCUAAGGAUAUAUAGGGAAAAAAAUUUCAUUUCAUUUCUCGACGCGUUUUCUCUCUUUCGCUUAACAGUGCACACAUUCGCAGGAAAGUUUUUUUGAUUUUCUCUGUAUAUACGAUAAUACACAUGUAUGAUAGUGCAGCCUCUAGGCGGUUAUUUUAAGAUGAAAAAAAAAAAACCCUAAACAUAUUUUUGUGUGUAUAUGUGCGUUUUGUUGAAAUUUUGAAAUUGUGUAACGAUAAAAUUUUCUGAAAUGUUAUAUCAUCGUCAUUAUCGUCUUUAUGUUUGUAAAUAAUCAGAUGUACAUUUUUUUUUAUCUUGAAAGAGUUUUGUAUAUAGAAAUGUAUAUUUUGUUCAUAUAUAUGUUAAUCAGAGAAUAUGUGUAUUUUAUCAUGACCAAAAAAUUUUAGAUUUUAAGGAUGAAGAAAAAUUUUAUCGUCAUUUUUAUAAUUGUCAAUUAAGUGUUAUUUUUAUAGGUGAGAAGUGAUAGGUCACUAUCUCUUGCUACAUGUAGCUUUUGUGAUUACCCGUGUUCGCAGGUUCUGAUAUGUUUAUACAAGAAUUACACAAAAUAUCUUAAAAUUUACCCCUGAGCGUUUGAAAAUAGUAUGGAGCGAAGAUUGUUCUAUUUUGGGUGUCUGUGCCCGAAUGCAUGUCGGGUCGGUAGAGGUUUGUCUCCACAAAGAAAGUGUGGCAGUUGUCAUAUGGCCUUCAUAUUGUUAGUGUCUUUAACAUUUAAAAAAGAAAGUUAUACUAUGACAGUAUAAGAGGUUUAGUUACAGGUCAGGUGAGCGAUGUAGGGCCAUUUAUGACUCUCUUGUCAUGUUUUAAUUCUUAUGUGACUGAGACGGAAGUACUUUCUUGUGAAAAAGGAUUAUUUGAAUAUUUAUUAUUAUUAGUACAUAUAAAGAAGGUUAAAUAUUGUUGGGAGUUGUCACGAUGGAAACAAUAUUGUUGUGUUAUAUCAUGAUAAUCUUCGUUAAGUUGGUUUUAUAAAGAUUUUUUAAGAGUAAAAUUGAUAAACUGUCAUCUUGGGGGCACAAGUGUUAAUGAAUAUAUACGCACGUGGAAUAUAAAUAAAUGUUACUUAAAUGUUAAUAUUUCCUAUCAGUUAAUGAUAUGUCUAAAUAUUUUAUGGACAUGCUUUACAAUUUUGAGGGAUCAACAUAAAAAGUGCUAAUUUUGUGAAAUUAUUAAGUAUUAAGAAGUGGGUACUUUACCAUAACUUGUUUUAACGAGUCCCUGUUUUGAUUUAUGUUAGUAUAAGCUGUGGUUAGUGAAUUUUGGACCUUGCUGUGAUUAAGGCACAAUGUCAGUAAAAUGUCAUGUCAUAAAAAAUGACGCUAUGUAAAAAGAUGCCACAGUUUUAAAGGUUUAUUUACAAAAAUUUUAUUUGUAAUGUUGAUACUUUCAUCAAAUUUGCACCAUGUCUAAUCUAAUAUUUAUUUUUCCCUUGUAUGCUAUUGUUACCAUUUCUUUUGCUAUAAGGGUUUGAAUGUUUUAAUUCUGUAAAAUGAUAAAGACAUUGAAAUUUUAGGUCAUAACGAUUAAAAAAAAAAUUUGCGGUACAUAAGGUGUAAUGUAAGUAACUGUCAAUGUUUAAAAGCUGUCUAGGAUAAUACAUGGAAAGUGCUUAGUUCUUUUGAGUUUAUUCGUGACGAGGCGCCUUUGAUCGUCCUUCACAAAGAUACCGUAAUUAUGACUUUAAUAUUUAUAUUAAACACAGGACCUCCUUUUAAUGACAGGUCUGUUCCAUUAUAAAAAGAAGAAAAAAUAUGAAUUGUAUGUUACUUGUAAUAAGCAUGAAUAAUCAAGAAAGUAUUUUUCGUCAUUGAUACAUGUUUGUAAAUAGAUCAUUCUAUUUUUGUAAAUAAUCACACCCGUCUCAUUUGAAUCUGAUAAAAUGGCAUGAUUUAAUAAACCCUUAACCUGCUGAAAACCAAAAAGGAAAUAAACCUUUGGCACCAGUAUAGAGCGAGGCCAGUCUCUUAUACUGGUGACUAAGAAAAUUUCUAAAUAUGCAUUCGUAGUUUAGCGCGGAGGAAGGUAGUCUAGUACUGGUGUAACUCUCCAGGAACGAUGGUUAGGAAACUACCCGCCUAUAUGACUGAAAUAUGAAACAAACAAACUAUUUAUUUAAUUGUCCCCUGAAAAACGAUAAUGGACGUUUCCCUUAAUCCAGGCAAGCUCACACAUAAGUGCAGGCGUUAUUAUACUUUUUGGCUGAGAAAUUUCAAUUUUUUAUCUCGUCCAUCAAUUGAUGGGGCCUGGCCAGGUUGCACAUCUGUGCAGUCUGACCAGACUCCAUACUGCUUGGCAUAUUAGGCUGUGGCUGACAAAAUUCAAAUUUCUUACUCGUCCAUGAAUUUUGAUGGGACAUUUUCUGAAAAAUGGAAAAGAUAGAAAAAUUGAUUUUUUUUUAGUAUUUCAGCAUGUUAAGAGUAAAUCUAUUUUAGCAUCCACAUUUGUUUUUUGUUUUUUUUUCUCCGUGUAUAUUUCUUGAAAAAAAAAAUUGUUACUGACUUUUGUUCAGAUUUAUUUUUAUCGUUUUAUCUGAUAUGCUACGUUCUCUUCCCCACUUUUUCUAAUGCAAUAUAAAUGUUGUUUGGUUUAAUAUUUUUCAUAGAUUUCCCGUUUUGUAUAAAUUGUCAAAUCAAACGUCUUCGUUCAAAGUUGUUUUUAGCUUUGUUAUAUAGGUUUUUAAAAUUUGUUUUUUUCGUCAAAUGUGACAUCUUUAGCAAUCUGUUGAAAAAAUAUUGUAGUGGUAAAUGUUCGAAAUUAAAUCUGUGUUAAAAAUGUAGAAUUUUUAAAUGUUUUUAUGUCAAUUUAGUAGGAAUUUUGAAUGUAGAUAUAAAAUAGUAACGAUAUCAAAGCUUUUGAGUUACUGAUUUCUUUAUAAACUUUUAUUUUUUGAUGCUGCAUAAUAUUUUAUCACCCUAGUGCAGUAAUGGGUUAACUGCUUUUGAGUUUUAUUAGGAGUUAACCUGUUUUUGCACUAAGUGAGAAAUUUGUUAUAGAAUAUGGAGUGUAAAAAGUUAAGGAAUUUAAAGGGUAUAAAGCUAUAAGUUGGAGGUCUAUAUUUGUAAGCUAUCUGUAACUGGAUGAUGAACAUAUACCAAGAUACUGAAAUUAAAAGGGACAAUGCUUGUAAAUUUUGAACAAAGUGGCAGGGGUAUGCAUAAAACCAUUGCUAAAUUUUGUUAGGAAAGUUAUUACUUUCUUUUAUGAAAUAAUUUACACUUUGAGUAGUAAAUUAAACAUUGGAUAUAACGAUAUGAUAUAAAAUUGACAAAUUAACGUGAUAAUGAAAUUAACGUGAUAGUAGAACAGAUGUUUUAAAUUUUCGAAAUUCAUAUUUUUAGCUUUAUGCCCUUUCAAGUUUAAUCUAUUGAAAAGAAAUAUUUAAAAUUCAGGGGGGAAAAAUGGCAAAAAUUAUAGAAAGAAAGUGGAAAUAAAUGGUUAUGUCUCUAUUGUUUAGGGAUUCUUGUAAAAUUGUAUGUCAUGUAUUGAUUCAUUUAAUUUUGAUAGUUUGAAAUCAAUUACUGGUCAUCAAAUAAUGUGAAAAAAGAAGAAAAAACAUAUAAAAUCUUAAGAAGACAAACAAAGAGAUCCCUGAAGUGCCUUAGUGUUAAAAAAACAUUUAUUCAGAAUCACUAACAUAAGGUAUUUCAAUUUAAUUUCCCUGUCUGUUGGUCACUAGUGGCGAUAAUGUAUGGCUUCAACAGACAAGCAUGUAUAUCCAUGCAAUCGGUCAAAACUCUUAAGCUGUGCACUGAUCAUUUACAAGUUCGAGUUCAAAUCUAGCCAGGGACUUUGGUUUCUUUUAUGUGAGGAAGCUAUCCAGCUAGCUUACGGGAUUUCAUCCGUUAUACUUGAAAUAGUGCACAAUGAGGCACCUGAGGUCUUUCUCUACCACUAAAAACCGGAAAGUUGCCAUGUGACGAAACCAAAAAUAUGUCUCCUUGCACUUGUCUACAGUGAAAAUUAAUUUGCACAAUUUUCCAUGAAUGUCAAUUUUUAUGGGGAUCUCAACAUAGUGAUUUGUUUUUUGCAAGAUGAUCCAUUUGUGGGUGAACAGUAUUUGCAUCAACUUUGUUUGUAUCGUAGGAAAAAAAGAAUAUCUUGCCUCAGAUGAGACUCAAUUUGUUGACCUUGAGAUGUCUUUUAUAGCCCAGGACCUUACACAUCUUCAUUCAUUUUGUAAUAACCACUAACCAGGUCAAGACGCACAUGUUUUAUCAAGUUCAAAAGUCUUUAAUUAAAAGAUAUUUUUUUGUGUGCUCAUAUUUUGUAGAAUAUGCACGAUUUUUUACCAAAAUUUUGCCAGUAAAUGUUCAGUAUUCAAACGGAAAUUUAACCAUCAUUGUCAAGUUAUUCAUGUAAAGGUGAUCUCACAAUAUUGAACAUCUUUGGUGUUAAACCUAUAAAAAACCAUAACUAUUCUUUUUUAAAUUCGUGAAUAGAUUAAUUUUUUUCAUGAAUUUUCAGACAAAUUAAUUGUUGAUACUGACUGAUCAUUUUUUUAAAAACAAAACCAGUUCAAAAAAUAACAUUGUUAAACUUACAUAUCUUUGAAAUAGAUGGUAGCUGUAUGAAAAAAAAUGAUGUUUUUUAUAUAUAUGUUUGUUUUAUUGUAGUAGAGAAGAGUGAAAGUUGUUCGCGCUCUUUUUGAGUUUUAGAUUUUUACGUAUUAUCGACCAUGUGUAAAUAAUACACGCACACCAAAAAAAAAUAAAACUCUUUUUUGCCUUACUCUAUCACUCUGUAUAAAAUUGAACCAUUGCAAUGAUAAAAGUUGAUUGUUGGACAUUGUAUAGAAUAUAUUAAGUGUUUUCAUUAAUAAAUUAGCUAUUUGCAUUUA